GUUUAAUGGGUUUUAGGGUUGUUAUUGUUUAGGGUUCCUAGUUUGAACUUAUUUAAUUCCAUUUAAGAAAAGUUGUUUAAGAAGAAUUUCUCUUCAGAAAGAAAGUGCUUUUCUUUAAGAAGAAAUUUAGCGUUUGUGUUAGCAGACCCGCAACAAUCCACGACGAGGAACACAAAUUGACUCUAAGUGUGCAAGAAUCUAGUAUGUAUCACCACCGCAGUGGACUUUAUCCAGCGAGUACCAAAGGUACUUGACAGCCUGAAAACAGCAUGAGAAAGCAUGAAAAUCAUUUGUCAUCACUUGGUGAAUGUGCACCAAGCCAGUGUAGAGAAUCCAGAUGAUCAUGUCAUUUCAGAUCGUGCAUUUGUCAAGUCAUUUCAUCUCGAUUCAGGGUGGUAAUGUGGAUCGAUGCAGAUUUACAUUCUGAUCUCACCUACAGUUUGUUUAAUUCCAUUUAAGAGGACGCGGUGCUCUCGCGGCCGAUGCAGCUCGGCUACGAGGGCGAGGCGGUCCGGGAAUUGGAGGUCCGGCGCGACGUUCUCGAGCGGGAACGUUCCUCAAAGAUGCCUGCAGAGGACAAGUGGAAGUUGCUCGAGAGCGAGAGCGAGCACAAUGCGAAACGGCAGAAGAUUGACCCAGGUAAACUCGGGGGCCAGUCGAUUCCUGCGCAACGUGUGGGCCGACGAUAUGAGCCGCGGCACGACGAGUGGUUCAUCCAGUGGUGUGAGUCCAACAAGCGCGGCAAGCAUGGCUGGAAAGAGAAGGCGUUGGCUGAGUUCAAGUUAGCAUUCCCGGAUUUCGAUGAGGCGCAAGAUGUGGCACGGAUGAAAUCCUGGGAGAAAGCGCUCGUGAAGAGUGGCAACCUUGAGAGGUCCCAGCACGGGAAUCGCCGAGAGAUGGCGGAGGCGCACAGCUUUCAGGCGCGGAUAAGCCAGGCGUUGAAGGGCAAGAGCACCGCCGCGACCCGUUCUCCGGAGGCGCUGGCCAGAAAGAUGGAGGGGUGGACGCCCGAGAAGCGUGCGGAGCUCUCAGAGCUGCUUCGCGGCGGAAGUAUGCAAACGCUCUUAGUCUUGGGUGUCGACUCCUACACGUUGUUAUCGUUGUACCUUCGAGCGCGGAAAAUCGGAGGAGACACAUUGCAUCAGUUUCUGCGUUUUUGCGCCACCGAAAAGCUGAUUGGAAAAAAGGCCGCGGAUGAGGCGGCUAACGCCGACACAGAAUAUUUGUAUCUGUGCUUCGGUGAGCACCAGUGUGGAAACGCGGGAUGCUGUUUGAAUGCUCAGUGGUGCGUGCAUCCAGGUCGGACAAACAACAUUACGCGCAGGAUGAAGGAACAUGUCACUGGCGGAGGACAGCGAUUUCGAGAUGACAGUUUCCAAUGUGUGCAGCAGUUCAACUCGGGGGAUCGAAUUGCGACAGAGAUAGGCGAGCGCCUGAUUCUUCGGAAAUUUAUCGAAGAGUUCGGCUUCCCGAAGGCCCAUCUGGAGCACUUUGAAUGCGGCUCCAAGGAUGCAGACUUCGCGAAGCGGCUUUUUCAGAAUGGUAAGAGGUGCCUCGACAUUAUCGAGCGCGAGGUGGAUGCCGCUUCCGUCGACCAGUUGGCAGAGGGCUUCGAUUCGGACUUGCACAACUUCAAGAAGCGACUGCCGAAAUUUGUGGACGUGAGCUGGUUUACGGGCCAGCACGCGAGUCCUCCACUGGUGUCGUCCGCGGUGGCGUCAGCGUUC